GUGGCUGCUUGCUACUUGCUGGUGCUCUGAAUAAAUUUAAGAGCCCCCAACGAUACACCUCGAAGGCAGCAAGUUUAACGAAAUAGUCUAAGCAAUCCCCAAAAUUGACUUCAUGAUUUACAUUGCCAAAGAGAAGCACUUGAGUAUAUUUUCCAGAAUUGCUAUCUGAAAGAAACGUCAAACGGGAAAGAUAUGGUGAGGACCGGUAGGGUUGUCCGUGAAAAAAGCCAUACCAUGUCUGGGGCAUUCUUUAGUGCUACGCUGUUGGCGUGGGCCGUGUGGCUGCUGUACGAGAUUUGCUUGAACCAUCGGACGCAGCUGUCCCCCAUUCUAGCGGGCUUUUGUUUCUACCAAUCCGCCAAUUGGCUCAUCCGCGGUUGCCUCAAUCGAGACCCUCUUGUCGUCAAUACCUCCGUAUCUCUUCUUCACUCUUCCCUCACAUCUGUCUCAGGCCGCUUAACAAUUGGAUUUCCUGCCCUUGUUGUCAUGAGCGCUUGUCUAAGUUGUGGCAGGCUGCGCUGUUUCAUAUCUGUUGUACUCCAGACUUUGACAGGUGCAAGCGUCAGUGUUUGUCUUGUUUCCAAUGUCCGUGCAAGGUACAUUGCGUAACCCAGGUUGCAUGGUUUUGCUAUCUCCACAUCAGCCCGUAAGUGUGGAUGGAUACCAGCGACAAACAAGGCAAUCUGAUGGUUGGACUGUAUCCUUCUGAAAUUGGGCACAUUACUCAUCAAUUGAUCCAAUCUGCAUCAGAAGUUUCAGAUCUCCAAUCGGGGUAGAACUCAAAGGGGCCCCAAAGCGCUCUAGACAGAAAUACAGAGUUCUUUAAACCUCUCCCAAUUAACUUCUCCUUCUUCCCCUAUCAUAUAAUCGAACCACAAUUGUGCAUCAUCUAUCAAGUGGAAUGAGACCACAUUCAUCUUUGCAACACUAGGAGUUUCUUAAUUCAAGAAGAUUUUUUCACAGGUAUCUCCGAGGUCAUUGCGGUGUUCUGAACUUGUAGUGUUGAUGAUCUCUAGUUUUGCUUUCUCCCGAGUCCCCCACUUACUAGUCCCCCACUCUUGUACACUUAGAGAGUAUGAGCUUGAGAUUCUAAGUGUGGAAGAGUAUGAGCCUGAGAGGGAUGAGUUAGUUGUCUUUAAUACUUGGUGGACUUAGAAAAAUUUUGCAUUUGAAAAUGCUAUGACGUGUAGUAACGCUGAUGUGUACAAAUAGGAGUUUAUUAAUAUUCCUUUUGCCACAUAGGGGACUAUUAGCCGUUUUUUCGCAUUUAAUGCGAGACAAGGCUUUGAAAAGACUUUUCGGCGCCAUCAUUGCGACUUUGCACGCCCUUUGGGGAAAUCCUUCAACUUUUUCGUGCGAGCCUUCAAGCAACUUCAGAGCUUUUUAGUUCCUUCCGGCCGGCAUUUCUACGGUUCUCACCUUCGUCGUUCACUUCUAAGACAGAUUUUCGAGAAAAUGGUUUCUCAAAAUGAUUCUGCCAGCACUGGUGAUAAGGUUGCUUGUAACCUCGAGCACGAGGUUUAAGAUGCCGGUUCUGUGCUCAGACGUCGCUCCCCUCCGUGCCGUUAAGAAGCAAAAGGGUGGAAAGAGGAGGAGGAGCGGAGAUGAAGUGGGGGUUCUUGCUGACAAUGGGCCACUGGAGGCCCCCUGUGCGCUUUUCGAUGAUGAUUGGGAUGAAGCCAGACGCUUAACUGGUCCCACCGUGGACAUCAUUAGGCCGGAUGCAGGCAGUUUCGUUUCUAGCCUCCCAGGCUUCUUCAUGAUCCAUAAGGAUGCUUUGGACCAUGGGUUUCGAUUCCCUCUGCAUCCGUUCUUUGUGGAGUACCUGAAUUGGGUGGGGUUACUUCCUUGUCAAAUAACCCCCAAUGGGUUACUUCCAGCCCAGCUGGUCACCGACUCACUCUCCCUUACGGGAGGUCUCGGGUUCGAAACUCAAUGGAGUAAGUUUCAACAUAGAUUACUUCAGGCUCCCCCAGCCCCCCCCCCCCCCCCCCCCCCCCCCCCCGACGUCCCCUGGAGUAAAAAAAACCCAAUGGGUUCUAUCUCAUCGCCGGCUUCCUAAUUCGUUGUUUAGAGCUGGAUAUAGAGAUCAGUGUUGAUCUCUUCAGUCACCUAUUCCAAAUUGGAUUCAACCCUUCGAAGAACAACCAGGGGUAUGCAGCCAUCUCCCAGGUCCCCGUCAAGAGUGGGUUCCACAACACCCCCACUUCCCACCAUGGGUGGAAGCACAUGUUCAUCUUUGUCUGUACGAGCAGGGAGGAAGGGUCUCCCUUUGCAGCUUCGGGGUCCAACACAUUCAACAGGCACAACAUUGGGGAGUUGGGCCUGUUUGCUGAUGCCGUGCAGACUUACGUAGAGUUUGGUGACAAGACUAUCAAGCUGUAUGCGACAGAGGAGAAGCUGGUGAGAAAGCUUGGCUUUGUUUUCUAUAGCACUGUUUCUGCUGAGGACCAUGGGACUCAAGUGGAGGAUAUGGACGUUGAUGGUGCAGCCAUCGAGGGACACGGUGCUGCAGCUGUUGUUGAGGAAGAGCCCUAAGGAUGGGCCUGAUGCUGAUGAUCAGGCUGGUGCCCAAGAGAGGGCUGACCUAGCCGCAGCUGUUGCAGCCUCAUUGGCUGAUAGAUAGGGAGGUUCUGCUGCAAUUCCCACUGCUUCUGAGGUGUUGGGACCUCAGAACUCAAGCGAGGAGAGGGCUUUUGCCCACAUGUCUCCCCCUAGGGACGAGUCUGCCAGGGCAAGAGGGGUUGAGUUGGCCCCAUACUUGUCACGGCGGUAAGUCGAGUCGUGGCGCUAGCCAACCGCCAUAUCGCCCGCCUAGGCGACAAUUAGGCGACUAGUCCCACAUUAUAUUAUGUAUAAAUUAUAAUAUAUUACUAGUUAAAUUGUACUACAUAUAGAACAUAGAAUUCAAACCCGCAAUUGAUAAUUGAAAACAAGGUUAAUUAAUGGGAUGUAAGAGUAAAAAUGUAUGUCUCAAAUAUUAUGUAAUUAUAUACGGAGUAUAUAAUAAUUUUUUUAUUAGUCUAAUAGUUUAUUAUUUUAUAACAUAUAGUAUAUUAAAUUAUGUACAGAGCAUAUAAGCAGCUGAGUAGAUGCCGCGUGUUUAAUUGUUUAUAUAAUAAUACGUAUAAAAGUAUAUACAUACGCAUAUAUUGCAGUUGUUAUACUGUAUGACCGGUAUACGGUGCUCGCAUACGGUUUUAGGCAUCUUUGGAAGCUCCUCAUGAAACAUGUAUUAAAAUGAUAGUGGGUCCUAUUAUUUAUUUAUUUCUCUUACUGUUAAAAACUCUAAUAACUUUUUCAUUUGUGAUCUGGUUUUUAUAAAAUUUAUAUCAAUUUUUUUUAUUUUUCAUGAUCUUUCAAAUGAGACCAAUAUUGCCUAUGUAAUUUUAACAUAUUAUCGAACUAUUAUAUUAACCUACGUAAAAUAUUACGUGUAGAAAUAUGUAACUCACGUCUGGUCAGGCCAAAUGCAACUCGUGUGUAUAAAUAUGUAACUCUACGUGUAAAAACAUGUAACUUUACGUGUAAAAAUAUGUAACUCGCGUUCAGACAGGUCAAAUACAACUCAUGUGUAUAAAUAUGUAACUCGCGUGUAUAAAUAUGUAACUUUACGUGUAAAAAUAUGUAACUUUACGUGUAAAAAUAUGUAACUCGCGUUCAGGCAGGCCAAAUGCAACUCAUGUGUAUAAAUAUGUAACUUUACGUGUACAAAUAUGUAACUUUACGUAUAAAAAUAUGUAACUCACAUGUAUAAAUUUAUAAGACAAUAAAUUUUUAUGAACUUCAUAUAAUAUCAAAUGUAAACAAUGAAAAUAAGAAGUUUAAUUGUUCAACUAAUUUAAAUUAAAUAUGUUUUAAAGAAAAAUCAUUUUUCCAUAUGGUAUGUUUAUUUUAUUUGACCAAUAAAUGUGUUUAUGUUAUUUUUUAUGGAUAAAAUUUUGUUCCUUCUCAAUGUAAAGACAAAUCCGCAUGUGGACAUGUAUCAUAUUAUGGCAGAUCCCAUACGGACUACAUGAAAAUUGGGUGGGGAGGAGGUAGUCUUUGGUUCUUUGCGUGGGGGAAUUGAAAAGGAGAAAAAAAACGAAGCAGAAGCACCCAGCAGCAAUGACGGAGAAGUAAGAAGACUCGCAGCUGGCCAAAGGAUUGGAGAGGAGGAUUUCGGAUUGAUUUUAAUUAGCAAAACGGUGCCGUACCAGACCCGGUAUACCAUGCGCAGGGUAUGCCGGUCGUACGGUAUAAUUUGCCCAUAUAUUGAUACAUACACACAUAUAUAUACAACUUAAAUACUUCAUUAGUUAAAAUAUUAAAAAACUGAAUUCACUAUAUGAGAAGAAAAUUAGAAAUCAGUGGCCUCUAGUCGCCUGCUUCAACGACGGACUGAGGAAGGGCGAGCCGGCGACUUCGGCUACGUGGAGUUCUUGGGUUCGUCUGCUUCGACUCUACGACUCUGCUACUUGAGUUAGAUGAUGAUGGCAACGAAGUACCUAAGAUUAUUCUGGGCUUUAUCUAUUCUCAAUUUCUUUUUUGGGUCUCGCCCUGCGGACGGCUGCUGGGCAAAACUAGGCGACGACUUGUCACCAAAUUCACGCCUGGACGACGCCUAGAUGACGCCAAGCUCGACUAAUCUUCUUCCGGCGAGGCGAGGGUACCUGGCGAGCACUCCCUAGCACCAGGACGCCUAGUCGACGCCAUGACAAGUAUGGUUGGCCCCCAAGAAGAACAAACAGCAGGAGGAGGUCUGUUCUGAGACAGUGAAAGAGCAGCCUGCAGCUACUUCUGCUUCUAUUGCUGGGGCUGACAUGGGCCCUCCUCAAGGUGGGACUUCCACUUCUGAGCAAGCUCCCGUUGCCACCGCAGGUGGCUUAAACAUCUUUGAGCUCCUCGACCUCGCUCAGGGGGCGUGAGGAGGAAGACUAAGCCCUCUGAGGGGGUGAAACAACCUGAGCCCUCCCCAAGUGGGUCCACAUCCUCCUCUGGGGGUAGUGAUGAAGAUGGUGCUGGUGCCGCCCAGCUAGAUGAUGCUGUGACCAAAGAGAGUGGGGAUAAAGAAGUCCCUAAUGCCGCGGCAUAUGGUGGUGAUGCCAUAGUCAAAUCCAAUCCCGCGGCUCAAGAUGGUGAUGUUGCUGCGCUGGCCCAUGUCGCGGCUGAUGUAGGUGGGCACAUGGGUGCUACUGAAGCCAUCCAACAGCCCCAUGCUAAGGCUGCUACUGCUGUCACUCCUCCCCACCCAGAUGUGGUCAUGGUGGAGAGUGAAGAUGAUGAUGAUGUUGAUGAUGCGGAUUAAGAAAUCAUCCGGCAGCUUCAAGACCGCAUAUUCCAAGAUCACCCCGACCCCAGAAGCGCUGCUACUGCCGGAAAGGGGCCUGGUCAGCCCUACAUCCUCAAAGACUGGCCGUGGAAGCAGAAGUUCCAGUUCUAUAUGGAUGGUGAUGACAGCUUUGUUGUUGAAAGCAUCAAGACUAUGGACUUCUUAACUCUCCUAUUCCCUCUCAAAUUAUUUUUGUUGUAGUCAAUCAAUAUACACGAAGCAGUUUGAGUACAAUGCUUGCUCACUCAGAGUUAGUUGAGCAUUCUUGGCCAUGGGCUUAUCCAGUUCUGUGCAUUUCAUGUGGUUAUUUUGCUUAUGAUCAAUGGGAUAUGUUGCUUUACCAUUUACACAGUGGCUGGAUUCCUUCAAUCCUGGUACAUCAUCUCGUGCUUCUUGUUUGCUUUACCGCGGCGUUGUAUCGGAAUGUGACAAUCAAUUAUCUUAUCCUCACUCUUGUUUGUGAGGUAUGCUUCCUGUUGGUUUCUUCGGUUCUCCCCAAGUAAUAAUAUUAUACCAUUACAGAUUUAUAUGCAUUUUAUUAAUUCAAUACUAUAAUUACAAUUUGGUUCAUGAGUCCGUGUUUACAUAUGCAAAUACUAAUAAUAAAAAUAUAGACUGACUUUUGG